GGGCAACCGUACAACAGCCUUGUUGUGGAAAAAAAAUCUCAGCUUUCGUCCAAUGCAUGGCUUCAGAGUUACCACAACACAAGAGUUUACAUUUAUUUGACCCACGGCUUCCCACUUAGUGGGUCAACUACUUACAAAACAUCAGCAGCUAUGUGUUGCGUUUUUCUUGGAAAAUCAAAUGAUAAUUCCCCAAUAAGUUAUCUUGAAAACAUCUCGUAUGGUAUGAAAUUACCAUCGCAACCAUCUUAUAUAGUCCCAGUGAUGGCUGGGAGAUGCGCUCGUCUUCGGUGAUAAUCGAUAGUCGGAUGCAGGUAGCCGUCCUCCUUACACACGCAGCAUCACCACGCAUCCUUACUCUGCUGUGCAGUUUUCCUCCUCAUCACCACACAUAUGAGAAAUCGCUCGUGGGGGCCUGCCUAUUGAUCUCUAAACAUCUGGAACACCUCAUAUUUGCUUUACAAGGCAGAGGCGAGCAGUCAGUGGCUGCGAUAGGGAAGUGAGACAGCUUCAGCAGCACCAGGACGGAGCACUUGACACCUUGCUUCGCGGCAUCGAUAUGCAGUAGUGUGAUACCAGCUCUGCGGAGACGAGAAGGCCAGUCCAUGGCAUCUUGAUAUUAAAACCGUGGGCUCUGCGCAUUCCUCACUAACAGCGUCCUUUUUGUCACUCUUUGUUUUUUUGUUUUUUUUUUUUGUUUUUUGUUUUUUUAUUUAUUUUUUUCGCCUUUUUUUCCUCCUAGUCGAAAGGAUUAACUUGACCAGAAUAAAGGCGGCGAGUGAGGACAUCUUAACAAUAAUUCAAUUUGACCAGAUUCUUUUCGGGGAGAUUCGUGGGAUAUAAUUGGACCUGAGAUGGACUCCAGUGCGGGGGAAUAUGGCAUGGCUCGUUUUGGAUUGUUUUUGCUUUUGAUGGGGUUGUGGAGAUAUAGCGAUGCUUGCCCCGAAUCCUGCACUUGCAGCAUCUCAAUGAUUGUUUGUAUUGAUUCUGAACCAGGGAUCGAGGAUUUCCCUGUCCUCACGUUAGAUGACAUGGAAAACAUCACCGAAAUAUACAUUGCCAAUCAAAGCAGACUGUUUGACAUCAGCAAUAACAGUCUGAGGCACUACAUUAACCUCAGAAAUCUAACAGUGACAAAGACAAGAUUGACAUCAAUAUCAUCAGAUGCUUUUUAUAACAACACAAGACUUCAAUAUGUAAAUCUCAGAGACAAUAACCUGUCAACAUUGUCAUGGAGAACAUUUCAGAACUUUAACAUUGCAUAUCCGCUCCUUCUGUCUGGAAAUCCCCUGAAUUGUGUUUGUGAGAAUUUGUGGGUCAAAUUGAGGCUCCAAGAAGAAAUAGAUGGUCCAGAGCUGACAUGUAUUGACAGAGGAGUGACAAAGGACUUUGCCACGCUCAGUCCACCAGAUUGCUUAGUUCCUAAUGUAGAGGUCACCCCCAAAACUGUGACUAAGAUGGAGGGGAGCAGUGUCACAGCGGUGUGUAGCGCCUCUGGCUCCCCUAAACCUGUGAUCCGGUGGAACCUUGAAAUGCUCUCAACCCACGCUGAGAUAGAUACCUUGGAUACAAAGAGCAUCCUCAGAUUGUCAGGCCUGUCUACGGAUGAUAAUGGGAGGAUGAUCAUAUGCAGCGCUGAGAACAUGGUCGGUCAGACUGAGGCCACCCUCCAGCUCAACAUUCUCUUUGCCCCCACCAUCCCGCAGCUGCUGCCUCCAGAGCGGGACCACCACUGGUGCAUCCCAUUCACUGUGACAGGGAACCCCAAGCCUGAGCUGCAUUGGUAUCACAAGAAUAUGCUGCUCCUGGAACAAAACUACACUUGCACCAAGAUUCAUGAGUCCACUAAGAAUGAGGACCAUGGCUGCCUGCAGCUGGUCAACCCCACGCACAUUCAUAACGGCGAGUACAAACUGGUGGCAAAGAAUGAAUUCGGCCAGGCCGAGAAGACAAUUUCUGCCCAGUUUAUUGAUCCACCUGACUUCAAUCACUCAGAGGACUUUGAAUACUAUGAUACGCCAAUCCCUCCUCUGGAUGAUAGUGUUGCAGUGUAUGUAGUCGUGGGAAUUGCCGGAAUUGCCUUGACGGGCUGUGUUUUGAUGGUAAUCAUUCUGAAGUAUGGAAGAAACACAAACUUUGGUAUUAAAGCCUCCUCCUCAGUCAUCAGUAAUGACGAUGACUCUGCCAGUCCUCUUCAUCACGUUUCCAAUGGCAACAACACCCCGUCGUCCUCGGAGAUGGGUCCAGACGCAGUGAUCAUUGGGAUGACAAAGAUUCCUGUCAUUGAGAACCCACAGUACUUCCGUAACUCCGGCAGCAUGCUGAAAUCUGACACAUUUGUCCAGCACAUCAAAAGACACAACAUUGUAUUGAAGCGGGAAUUGGGAGAAGGAGCCUUUGGGAAGGUGUUUCUCGCUGAGUGCUAUGACCUGGUACCAGACCAAGAGAAGAUCCAUGUGGCAGUCAAGACUUUGAAGGAGGCCAGUGAGAGCGGCCGAGCAGACUUCUACAGAGAGGCCGAGCUGCUCACCAACCUCCAGCAUGAACAUAUUGUCACCUUCUAUGGAGUGUGUGUAGAGAGUGACCCACUCAUCAUGGUGUUUGAAUACAUGAAACACGGUGACCUCAAUAAGUUUCUCAGGUCUCAUGGUCCUGAUGCAGUUCUCAUGGCAGACGGUCAGCACAGUGUCCUGGUGGAGCUAACUCAAUCCCAGAUGCUGCACAUUGCCCAACAGAUUGCUGCUGGCAUGGUCUACCUGGCCUCCCAGCACUUUGUCCACAGAGACUUGGCAACAAGAAACUGCCUGGUAGGAGAAAACCUGCUGGUCAAGAUAGGAGACUUUGGCAUGUCCAGAGAUGUUUACAGCACAGACUACUACAGAGUGGGCGGCCACACAAUGCUGCCGAUUCGCUGGAUGCCCCCAGAGAGCAUCAUGUACCGGCGAUUCACCACAGAAAGUGAUGUGUGGAGCCUUGGUGUGGUGUUGUGGGAGAUUUUCACCUACGGCAAGCAGCCCUGGUACCAGCUUUCCAACAAUGAGGUGAUUGAAUGCAUCACGCAGGGCAGAGUGCUACAGCGGCCUCGUACCUGUCCUAAAGAGGUGUAUGACCUGAUGCUGGGCUGCUGGCAGAGGGAGCCCUACAUGAGGCUGAACAUCAAGGAGAUCCACAGCAUGCUCCAGAGCCUUGCCAAGGCCUCACCUGUGUACCUGGACAUACUGGGCUGAUGCGCCGGCAUCUGUGUAUGUAGUUUGUGUGGCAUGUGUGUUUGUACGUGGACGUAUGUGUUUGACAGCACAUUAUGGGGCAGAGCGAGUGGAGGAAGCGAUGGCUGUGUGACAGCGUCUGUGUACAGAACCUGGCUGUAAAUGUGACUGUAAAUGCUAACCGUCCAUGUCCUCAUUACAUUGAGAGAAGCCUUAAAUUUGGAGUUUUGCUUUUUUUCUGGUUUAUUUGUGGAUUUUCUGAAGCAUGUUUCACAAAAGGAAACCAAAAUACAUACAGAGUUAUGUAACUUACCCAAACCUUUAAAGCUCCAGACUUAAAAAGAAACGAAUAGAUGUCUCAUUCUGCCAACGUUCACCUCAUUAAAUCGUCACUGUCUUAUUUUCCAUAUUUGCUGGGAUUAAAUAAAGGGAAAUAAACAUGUCACUCCUUGACAGACAGCUUAUGGACACAUCUAUGUAGAUAGAGCUUUUCCAUAUCUUUUCUCUAAAAAAUGAAGAGGUUAUUUGUUUUAUUCUGUGAAUAUCUGAUAAUAUUUUAUGUUAAUUAUAUAAAGUGCUUGAUACAGUAAGUGGAAAUGUUUUAAAAGUUGUUGAAGAACUACCUGUCCAAUCUACAUUUCAUUUGGUGGACUUAUCUAAAGCACACAGAUCGGAGACUCUGCAGCACAGAUCAUUUUUGUUUUACAUUGUUUCUCAUUCACCAGCAACGUCAUUUAGCAAAUCUCUGUUGUUCGGUGGCUCAUAUCUGUAAGUGAUGUGGCUUGUGUGUGUCUUCAGAGGUAGUUUUCAGACAUUGUGGGUGCUGGUCAGGCUGAGUUCAUCGUGUGGACUGAUGAGACAUUUAGGCACAGUUUAUUGUGCAUUUACUGAGGGUUUCAGUGUUGUUUUGUAUCCCUUGCAUAAGAAUAGUGUAACUGUGAGGCUGCAGUUAAAAGGCAAAUAAAGAGUCUACCUAAUCAUGAGAUAAUGCAGGAGUGCUUUCAUCUCAACUUGCUGUCCCUGCCAGCCUGGUGGCAACUGAAAUAGCAAUGGUGAAGCACAUUUGCAUGGGAAGUAAAUGAAGUAAAGUAAAAAGUACUCUCGUAAUGUUUUCCUGAGAUUAAAAAUAAUAAUAAAAAAAAGAGUAAAAGGUUUAAAACAUGUUCCAAGAGUUAAAACAUCUGUAUUAAUCUUAGCAAAAAGAGCAGCAAUCCCUCAGUCAUGCAAAUCAU